AUGUCUUCAAAGCACACAUCGCCAGACGUGAUUCACCAUCUUAAAGCUCUUGAUGUUCUAGAAGAAUACGGAGAAAAUGAUGGACUCAAUAUCGAGUCUCUCAUGGACUCAAAAAAGCAUGGAGGGCUAACGUAUAAUGACUUUCUCAUUCUCCCCGGCUACAUUGGGUUCGCUGCCUCUGAUGUCGCUCUGGACUCUCCAGUCACAAAAAAAAUAUCUUUGAAAACUCCAUUUGUUUCAUCCCCCAUGGAUACAGUGACGGAGCAUGACAUGGCCAUCCACAUGGCACUGCAAGGUGGCCUCGGUGUAAUACAUCACAACUGCUCAUCAGAUGAGCAAGCUGAGAUGGUUCAAAAAGUGAAGAGAUACGAAAACGGUUUUAUCUUGGACCCAGUGGUAAUCAAUAGAAGUACUACCAUUGGUCAGGUCAGAGACUUAAGAGAGAAAUGGGGAUUCGGUGGCUUUCCAGUAACAGAAACAGGGAAAAUUGGGUCCAAACUGAUUGGUAUUGUAACAAAUAGAGAUAUUCAAUUCGAAGAAGAUCCUCGGCGACUCGUCUCCGACGUCAUGGUAACUGAGCUCAUAACGGCCGCGUAUGGAACUACUCUUAUGGAGGCCAACAGUAUUCUUGCUAAGUCCAAAAAGGGAAAACUUCCCAUAACAGAUAGAGAAGGAAACCUUGUUUCCAUGAUUUCACGAUCCGAUUUGACCAAAAAUCUUCAUUUCCCACUGGCGUCUAAGCUCCCUGAUUCAAAGCAACUUAUUUGUGCUGCUGCCAUCGGCACCCGCCCAGAUGACAAGACUCGCCUUCAAAAGCUUGUCGAAGCCGGUCUAGAUAUCGUCGUUUUAGAUAGUAGUCAAGGUAACAGUAUUUACCAAAUCGAAAUGGUCAAAUAUAUCAAAAGCGAAUAUCCCAAUCUUGAAGUUAUUGGUGGCAAUGUCGUAACCCGAGAACAGGCCGCAUCUCUAAUAGCGGCUGGGGUCGACGGCUUGCGUAUUGGUAUGGGCAGCGGAAGUGCAUGUAUCACUCAAGAGGUUAUGGCUGUCGGCAGACCCCAAGCUGCCGCAGUGUACAAUGUCAGCUCUUUCGCCGCCAGGUUCGGAGUUCCUUGUAUGGCCGACGGUGGGGUGCAAAACGUGGGUCAUAUAGUCAAAGGACUAGCACUAGGUGCUUCAUCUGUAAUGAUGGGUGGUCUCCUGGCUGGUACUACAGAGUCGCCCGGGACAUCAUUCGUCAGUCGUGAGGGAAAACUUGUCAAAGCCUACCGCGGUAUGGGUAGUAUUGAUGCUAUGCAAUACAGAAAGACAAACUCCGACGAUAGUGGUAGCCAAGAGACAAACGCUGGAACCGCUCGCUACUUUUCUGAAGCCGACAGUAUUCUAGUGGCUCAAGGGGUCUCCGGAUCUGUAGCUCAUCGUGGCUCAGUUACUAAAUUUAUACCAUAUCUAGCAACUGGCUUAAAACACAGUCUUCAAGAUUGUGGAAAGAAGAGUUUGUUGGAACUGCACGAUAGUGUUAAGAAAGGAGAUACAAGAUUUGAACUGAGAACGUCAAGUGCUCAACUUGAAGGUGGUGUUAACAUGGAAAGCUAUGAGAAAAAACUAUAUGCUUAG